AUGACCAAGAAUAGUGGCCAUGCCAGGAAGGGCUGCGGCCACGUGCAGCCUAUUCGCUGUACCAACUGCUCUCAAUUCGUGCCCAAGAACAAGGCCUUUAAGAAGUUUAAGUUUGUAGAAGCUGCCGCCAUCAGGGAUAUCUCCAAAGCGAGUGUCUUUGAUGCUUAUGUGCUUGCCAAACUGUAUGUGAAAUUACAUUACUGUGUGAAUUGCACCAUUCACAGCAAGGUGGUCAGGAAUCGCUUUUGUGAAGCCAGGAAGGACUGCACACCCCCGCCACGAUUUAGUCCUGCAGGUGCUGAUCCACGACCUCCACCAAAGCCUAUGUAAGAGUUGUGACCUGAAGAAAAGCAGUC